AUGGCCUUACUCAUCCGUAGACGUCAAAGACAUGCAAGGCAAAGAAGAAGGUGGUGGGUCAAACCCUGGAUUGAGAGACGUGUGCUGUUUGGACAGUAUGAUAGUCUGAUGACGGAGUUGCAGAGAGAAUGUCAGGGUGACUUCCUGAACUACAUGAGGAUGCCACCAGAAACGUUCCUGGAACUGUUGCAGCGCAUCACUCCGAGGAUAGAGAAGUCCUAUUGCUACCGGCAGCCACUGGAUCCUGGGCUCAAACUGGCCAUCACCUUGAGAUAUCUUGCGACCGGCAACAGCUACAAAACCCUGCAGCAGUAUGCCUUCCGUGUUGCCCAUAAUACCAUCUCUCUGUUAAUACCAGAGGUGUGCCAUGCCAUCAUCAGUGAAUACCAAGAUGAAGUAUUUUCCUGUCCAACUACCCCAGAUGAAUGGAGAGAAGUGGCACGGACUUACGCUGACAGAUGGAACUUUCAUCAUGUCUGCGGAGCCUUGGACGGAAAACACGUGGCCAUCAGAAAUCCACCAGGCUCUGGUACGAUCUACUACAACUACAAGGGUUUCUACAGCCUCAUCCUCUUGGCCCUAGUUGAUGGCAAUUACAAGUUCCUCUGGGCUGACGUUGGUAAUCCCGGUUCAUCAUCGGAUGCCUUCUUCAGGUCUUCAACCACAGCCCGCUGA